UUGACUCCACAAAAAUGGCGGCGACGUCGGAACGCCGUUCAGCGUUCGAUAGGGCGUCUACGUAUUGAUGUCUGUGGGAUCCUCCUGGAUACUGCCUCUGGAGACAGUCAACACUUUGCUUCUCUACCUGUCCGCCGUUGCGUCGGCAGCCUCCUUGGAGUCCCGGCUUUUAGGUUUUUAACUCUAAAUCAUAGCGUAACCAGUGACACAUUAGACGAAGUGAACGGAGCCGACCUGAAGCUGUCCCUUCAGCAGAACAAUGUCGGAUUUCGACAGCAACCCAUUCGCGGACCAGGACGUAAGCCCGUUUCAGGAUCCAUCGGUGACACAAGCAAGACAGACCGCCACUGCAGGGUUAGAAGAGUACAACCCCUUCACAGAUGCCAAACCAAACCCUGCAGGUAUGGCCUCCAAGACAGUGGGGCCCGCGGUCAGCACACAGCCGGCCAUCAUGAAGCCUGCAGAGGAUCCUCCAGCCUACUCGCAGCUUCAGGCACAGGAGCCACCACGAGCAGCCGCUGAGCUGCUGAGGAGGCAAGAGGAGCUGGAAAGGAAGGCUGCAGAGCUGGACCGACGGGAGAGAGAGAUGCAGUCACUCAGCGCUUCAGGAGGCAGGAAAAACAACUGGCCCCCUCUCCCAGAGAAGUUCCCCGUGGGGCCGUGUUUCUACCAUGACAUCACUGUGGACAUUCCUGUAGACUUUCAGAAGACGGUCAAAAUCAUGUACUACCUCUGGAUGUUUCAUGCUGGAACGCUGCUGGCUAACCUGGUUGGCUGCCUGGCCUGGUUCUGUGUAGACACGGCACGCGGGGUGGACUUUGGCUUGUCCAUCCUGUGGCUUUUGCUCUUCACGCCGUGUGCUUUUGUCUGUUGGUACCAACCACUUUACGCAGCGUUCAGGACCGACAGCUCAUUCAGGUUUUUUGUCUUCUUCUUUGUGUACAUCUGUCAGUUUGGAGUCUACGUUCUCCAGUGCAUCGGGAUUACUGGUUGGGGCGCCAGCGGUUGGAUCUCAGCUCUGACUGGCCUGAACAAAAGCGUCCCAGUGGGCAUCUUGAUGAUCCUCAUUGCAGCUCUCUUUACCGCUCUGGCUGUCCUGUCCCUCAUCAUGUUCAAGAAGGUCCAUGCGCUGUACCGUACCACCGGCGCCAGCUUCGAGAAGGCCCAGCAGGAGUUUGCCACAGGCGUCAUGUCCAACAAGACGGUUCGAACAGCUGCUGCUAACGCCGCCACCACAGCUGCACAAGGAGCAUUCAAAGAGCAAGUCUAAUCAACAUGAAGAACUUCAUCCUCCAGGCCCCUGGCUGAGCCCCCGACAGCUGUCAGACAGAACUAAGGAGGUUUAUGAGAGGUCGAUCCAACACACAACAAUGAUCCAUGUUCUGAGCCUCAGUGAGAAACAGUCACCUGGAUUAUCCCUGGGACCUGGCUGUGUUGUGCACUCUGGUACCUCUUCGCCUUCACUGCGCUCUAACUGUUCAACCAGCGCGCUCAGCUUCCUCUGUGUGGGUUCGUGUAUAUGUGUGCAUGUGUGUGGCCAAGUGGAUAAAUGAUUGUGUGCCUUUUUGAAUGUUUGCUGUUCCUCGAGGACAGAUUGUUAUGCAGCUGAGCCGACUCUCUGAGAUCUAAGGGUGAAUUCCCUCCAUUAACCGCUUUGGCGUUCUUUGAUCUCUCAUCCAGAUCACUUGUUCUUAUAUUACUAACUUUGUUAUUGGGUAAAAGAAAGCAACAGUUUUUCAACAGUAAACAACUUUGGAAAAAGUUACUUUAUUUAUUCUUUUCUGCUGACGCAUUCUGCAUGUUUUAUCCAUUGUGGAAUCCAAACAGCAUUUAAAUUUGGAAGUACAGUACAGACUGAGAUGAAGAAAUCAGUAAUCAAACAUUUUGAGGGCAUUUUAUGUUCUAAAAAAUACCUUUAAAUAUCUAUUUUUCUACAGAUAAUGAGCUCCAAAGUGCUUUUCAUUGCCUGAUUGUGUCCUAAUGCACAGUCUAUUUUAUGUAGUGUAAAAAGCCUGAUGGGCCUUUGAAGAAAGAUGUGUAAAAAGUCUUGAUUCAGUGUCAGCUUCUCUUGUUUUACUGUCUGAUUUCACCCCCACUUUUGAUCAUAUUUUUAAGUUUCAAAGCAAUGUCGAUUCAUUCCUGAAAAAAAUGGUACCUAUGGAUUUUUUUGCUGUCGUUUUGUUGAUUUUGAUCAUUAAUGUGGUAAAACUGGGAGAAGAGUUACACUGUAAUGCAGUGUGUUCACAUGUGAUUUACUGUAGAUGCACAGUGGCUUUAAGUUAUGCCUUACAGUCAGCGUGGUUUGGUGUAUACACUAAAACUUAAUUUAUAGCCAUUUCUGACAACUCCAAGGAGUGGAAGGAUUGUAUAUUUUGUAUGCUUUCGGGUGGUUUGGUGACAUUUUUUAGAUGCACACUGGUUUUACCAAAAGUCACGUGUUGUGUAGUUUGACUAGAUUGAGAGUGAGUUUUGUAUAUUUAUUGUUCUAAUGAAUAAAAUUCUUCAUUAUGUG